AUGUGGUUAAAGGUCAUCCUUCUGGUGUCCUGCGUUGUCGCGAACUCGCUCGCCGACAACGAGACCAGGAGCAAAGCGGUAACCAUCGAAGAAUUUGUAACGUCUCACAAAGUGCCGGAGAGCAUAGCUAGACCGUCGGAUUACGACGACGAGGACGACGACGACGUCGUGGAUGUGGAGAGGAAGGUGAUCACGAAGAAUGGCAAACACGCGAAGAAGGUUCUGACGAAGUUUGACAGCUUCGACAAGAAGUCCAGCGAUCUCGAUCCGGUCAGGCGUUUCGAUUUCGCCGGCGAUGACAAAGCGGACAACACGGCGAAACGACAAGUUCGUGUUGAAUUAGAAAACUUCGGCGAUACCGGCGUCCUUCAGGAAGAUGGUGUCCGUAGGUCGGACACGCACAGGUCUCGCGUGCAGAGUCAAAGAGACUCCGUUAUCCCUGGGGUGCAUGUGAGCGACGAGUACCCGACCACCAUGAUGCCAGUCCUGACGACAGCUCGGGAGAGUCGUGCUUUCGACUUUGUCCCGGUAAACAUCAUCCGUGACGACGGUAAAGAAACGUCCUUCCGUGAUCGUAACUUUGGCGAUUUCAGCGACGUCAGUUUAGUCCCCGCUGGCACGAACUCGCGUAUCCAGGUCAAAAAGGGACCGAACGGAAAGGACUACGAAUACGAGUACGUAUAUUAUUACUAUGACGAGGAGGAUGAGAAUAAGGCGAGUACAGCGGACUCGGCGGUCACCAAUUCUUACGACGUUCCUUCUAGAACUACAUCCGCGCCUAGGCGCGGCGGCUCGUCCAGCAACAGAAACAAGUACAGUAGCGUGGAAAGAUCGAGCACCGUGGAACCGGCCAGCAACGAAGUCAUUCCGAACAGAAACGGGAACAAUAGAGGCAGACAGCUGGUCGAAGCCGAGGACGUGUCCGAGGAAAGGCUACCAACCAACACCAGGUUCCCACCGAGGUCGCGAUCGAACCACAAUACGGGGACCACCGAACCCUCCCGAACUCGUGGAAAUCGGCCUAGACCUGGCCUAGACCUGGUCGACUCGAGUAGCUUCCGCACGCACCAGGAAGGGCCUGAAUUCCCUCAGGUACUCCCGAAAGGACCCGUUCGAUUCCUCGGGGUGACACCCAACGAGGAGAACGGGGAUGAAAGAACGGUGACCAGAGGACGAGGAAGGCCUCAGCGGGUUCAAGAACCAGCGCCUGUCGAGGAAAUCAUAGAAGACGUGCCUGCUCCUACGACUAGAAGAAGACCCAUCGCUACAGUCUCCACAGAUGUGGAAGUAGAGCCCAGUAAAGGUCAAUCUCUGCUGGCUAGCGAGGAGAAGGAAGAUGAGAAAGAGGAAACGUCCUCGUUGGCAGAGAAGAGCAAGGAUAAACAGGCUUCCACGGAGUCCAAGCAAGAGUACGAAGAGUUAGAGUCUUCCUCAACGACAGCAGCGAGUACAGCCUCGACAGCCACUGAGAACCCAACGACCGAGUAUCCAUCUUCGAUGGACAAGGCCGCGCUGGACCUGUACGCGUUCGUGCAGCAAGGUCAAACUAACCUAGUGGACGCAUCUAGUACCGAAGCCAGCGACUCCUUCUCGGAUGCAACCACGCUUUCCAAUGACGAGGCUACUACCGACUUGGGGUCCGUGACAGAACUGUCUGCAACCACGCAAGUAGUAACCGUCGAGCCCUUUACGACCACUAUCGGAACGCCUACGGAACCCACGACCACGACAACCCCUACGACGACUACUAUCAGUACUACCACCACUACCACCACCACGACAACCGAAGCACCCACGACUACUACUACCACUCAAGCACCGGCUGGAAGGGGAAAAUUCAGACGACCGGGUUUCGGUGGAACUACAGGUUCUAGAAACCGAAUCAAAUCAAAUGGCGGCGGAAGUACGACGACCACCGAGGCCCCUGCAGAACCGACGCAACGAACGCGAGGACGUUUCGGUGGCAACGGAUCCAACGGAGGUGGUUUUAAGAGAAAUCGACCAGGACAGAAGCAAUCUACCUCUGUGGAGGAAGACGCGGUGCAAAAAGAGAGCUCGAGUUCGGUUCACGCUGAACGACCCUCUUCCAGUACUCGUGGAAGAUUCCGUGGGUCCGGGGCAACGAGAUCAGUCUCGACGACCACGUCGGUCCCAUCUAAUGGGGGCUCGACUGCGUCGUCCAGUGGACCUUCAGGAAUAUCUAGACCUUCCUUCAACAAACUGAACAUCAAUCGACGACGCGGCAGACCGACCACCACUGCACCGAAUGGCAGCGAAGAGAGCCAGGAGUCCAAUCGUUCCGAAACGGCCAAGGAAUCCACCCAGGAAUCAGUGACCACGGCUCCAAAGUCCACUGUCCGUGCGAGACUACCUGCCACAGGGGCAAGACCGGUCAUUAAACCCGGGGCACGGAUAAACCUCAGACCGAAACCUGGCCAGUCAACCACGACCACGACCACAACGCCAUCUCCCGAGGAUAACGCGGACGAAUCUUCCAUCGAUGAACCAGCAGGCGAGGGAACCGAGGAGGAGACUCACGAGGCACCCGCGGAGACCAGCCCACCGCCAGCGCGUCCCACCACUGUCAACCCUCUGAACAAGUUGCGCAAUCGGAAUAGAAUACAGGUGCAUCCAAAAACGACCACCAGGACCCCGGUGUCGCUAGCGUCCAGGAGGUCGCCACUGUUGCCGCGCCGCAAGGUGACCGAGGCCCCAGUGGCGCAGACCAGUCAGGAGGAAGCCUCGGAGGAGCCCGACAUUUCCAGCGAGACGGAAGCAACCGAGGCCACCUCCGCGGAGACAAGCACAGCCGCGAGUACGAAACACGAGGAGACCAGAGGACUCGGUGGCCUGCUGGCACCCAGGCGCAGGAUAACACCGCGACGACCUGGACAAAUCAUCUCGCGGGAAUAA